AUUGUUAUGUAUGCAUGUUUGUGUGUGUGGCUGCGCCCACCUUAACAGUUACCGCUACAAUAAACCAGUGCGAUUAGAGCAGCCCGUGGUUUCACUCGUGUCCUCGUACACAUCACUGGCGACGAAUCGGUUAAAUCCCACGUGUUUCGCGAUAAAAUAAGAUGUCUGGUGCUAAUUUCGGUGUGUUGGAUACCUUUGAUCAUAACGUUCAAAGUUGGAACAGCUACAAAGGCCGAUUACAACAGUAUUUUAUCGCAAACGAUAUAGAUAAUGCGAAAGAUGCGACGGGAAUAAAAAGACGGGCCAUCUUACUAACGGCACUUAAGGAAGAAACGUACAAGCUCACAGCUGAUUUAGUCUUGCCAAAGCAACUGGACAGCGUGCCUUAUGAAGAUAUUAUAAAACUUCUGGAUAACCAUUUCACACCCAAGCGGGUUGGAUUCGGCGAGCGCCACAAAUUCUACGCCGCGGUGCAGCAGGCCGGUGAAACCCAUACACAAUGGGCCGCACGGCUACGCGGACUCACCGCUUAUUGUAGUUUCAGCAACGUGGAAGAGGCAUUACGCGAUCGGUUUAUCAUGGGUUUGCUUCCAGGCCUUGAAAAGGAAAAAUUGUAUGCGCAAAACAUCUCCGAGUUGACGCUAGCGAAAGCGGUCGAAUUUGCCGAAAAUAUUCGCUGUGCGCGCGCCGGGGCCACUGCAGCUGGCAUUACGCCUUCGUCGGGCGACGUUUACAAAAUCGCGUCAAAUAAACAACAAAAUAAGUCUGACGGGAAAGUGAAGUGUUCAACAUGCGGCUAUACUAAUCAUAAAGUGUCGGAGUGUCGGUUCACUAAUUACGUAUGCAAAAAGUGCAAAGUGAAGGGUCAUUUAGGUAGAAUGUGCCCUAGUGUUAAAUAUUUGGAUAUGAAUUACGAUGGCGAGGACGACGACGUCCUUGCAGAAUAAUAAACAAAACAGAAAAAGUAAACCAGUUUUUAAGCAAGGUGAUGUAGUAUUAUAUAAACAGUUUAAGGGCAAUAAUAAGUGUGCUUGGGGUAAAGGGAUAGUUGUUAAGGAAAU